UCCGCAUCAUGUAGUGACAAUAUGUUUCUUAUUUUAGAAAUAUUUCUGAGAUGAAAGAAGGCUAUCCUAGUAAUAUUAUCUACAUGAGCAUCAAAUGAUAGGCUGGAGUCAAUAAUCAUAAUAAUAAGUCAAUUAAUAUGGCCUGCUUUGUUCAGUCAGAGACAAGUAAAUCUGUUCUAAUGUUCAUUUAUUUUCCAUAGAUAAAACACAUGUUUGCUUACACAUGAAUACAUACUUUAUGCCUUCAGAAUGGUGGAGAUUUGUCUCUUGACUAUUUUAAAUUUGGUUCUCUUCAACAGGUUGUGUUUGAGUUGUGCAGGCUUGUGUCACCUGACUUAAAGAAGGCUUUCUUUGAAGGGCUUGAUCAGCACCUCCCACGGCUCCUGCAGUUGUACAACACCGAGAGGCAGUGAAAUACCCGAAAUCCAACAUGUGAUGACCCGCAUUGAUCAAGAGUUUAUUUUGGAUACAGGCAGAGGAAGCUCAGCGAAAGCUUAAGAGACAGAAUGGAGAGGACCCAGGUAAGCUAUUUCUUCAGUGAUUAUAGUCAUAUCUGAAAAUGAUUGGUCAGUUGAAUGCAGAUUGCUGAAGUGUGAGUGUCUGUGUGUGUCGUAGCCCUGCCUCCAUUCUGCCCAGGGUUUGCCAGCUUGGUAAACAUUCUGCAGUGUGACGUGCUGCUUGGCAUGCUGGGAGCUGUGCUGCAGUGGGCUAUGGAGCCCAGUGGAGGACACUGGUCUGAGUCCAUGCUGCAGAGGGUGCUGCACUUGAUAGGCAUGGCUCUGCUGGAGGAGCAGCAGCAGCUAGAGAACAUUGGGGAUGACGAUGAAGUUACUUUCAACUUCACCCUCAAAAUCUCCCGUCCCGGUGAAGCCCCCGGCAACACUCCAAGCAUCCUGGCUCUGUUAGAGACCUUGCAGUGCGCGCCUCACUUGGAAGUGCACAAAGACAUGAUUCGCUGGAUCCUUAAAAUGGUGGUUAGCAUUAAAACGAUGCGUGAGGGCACAGCUGCUGCACCUCCCUGUGAAGGAACAGGGCACUGUCACAAGGAGACUGUGUGGGACAAAGACAAAGCAGAGAGAAAAAGGAAAGUUGAACUGUGCUGGAAAAAGACCAUGGCUCAAACAUUAGAGAGCCAGAGUCAUUUUAUCAAUAAGUACAUAGAUCUGCUCACGCAGGAUUCAGAGGAUCUGGACACCUCAGCCUCUACAUCAGCAGAGCAUAGCCCCAGUUCAUGUGACGGUGCUCUGGUGUGUGUGGGACCUCGUCGUUGGCGUGCCAGAGGAGGAGAGAGGAGGCAGAUGGAGAUGUGUAUCCUGUGUCACGAAGCGCAGGAGAUCCUACCUGAUGGCACCGCCAUGGUGCUCGCUGCCUUUGUCCAACGCUCUACGGUCAUGUCCAAGAUCCGCAAAAGACCCCCUCACAAUCCAGGUAAGGUUAUGGUUUACAGUGUGCAAGUCAAGUAAUUGGAUAGGUUUGAGUAGCCAGUGUGCUUAUUUCUGGAGGAUACAUGUGCGUUACAGAGAUCUAUGAUCCCCUCUUCAUGCACCCUGACCUGUCCUUUGGUACCCAUACCGGCAGCUGUGGCCACAUCAUGCACUCUCACUGCUGGCAGAGGUGAGGAGUUGGGCAAAAUGUUACUUCUAGACAGCCUUUUACUUAAUCCCAAAUAAAAAGUUUUGCUGCUUUCAAAUGUUUGUGGAUAUAGGCAAUAGAAUCAGCAGCUAACAGUAAAUAGUUUGUCUAGAAAAUAUGACCUUUAUAUGAGCAAUU